AUGAAUGCGGCCGCCGUGAUCCGUUUCGCCGUCCCUCCAGAUGCAUGUACAUUAAUGCGCGUACGUCAGAACGCCAGAGCUCCUAGGUUCCCACUCCCCCCCCCCUCUUCCUCCUACUCUGCCACGCCACGCCACGGCCACGGCCACGGCCACCUCUACCACCACCUAAAAUGGCAAUAAUUUGCGGAACCAUCUGUGCUCAGGUCUACGAAUGUUCCUCAAAAAGCACACAACGUGAUUCGUAUCUGUUGUAACACUAGAAGGCCGCCUUACGGCGGCAAAAAGCUGUGUGAUUUUGCUUCACGUCGCUUGAAAACCACAAAAAUAAUCGGAACGACAGGUUUUGUUCCAUAAUGCAGGGCUAUUAGCAGUGUUAGGGAUUUUUAUAAGGCGACUGUCCCCUAAAUAGCUGAUGGAGGUGCAGUCAUUCAAUGGCAAAUCCGCGCCCCGGAUAUGCCGUAAAAACAACACGCGCGCAUGAAGUUUCUAGCCCCAUGGUCGCCUCAGGAAAGACUGGACUGUGCUGAUAACGCAAUCUCAACACAUCAUGCUUGGGGUUUGGAUCUUUAACACCCGAAUCAGUGCCAUCUUCGGCCCGACUAAAAUUUCUGCACCCUUUGCCGAUUUUGAUGAAUUCACGUAAUAAUCUCCACCAACCAACUUUGUUAGUAAAUGCACAUAACCGGUUAGGUUCCAAUACCGAAAUUUUCGGCGGUUGGAAAGCGGGAUCCACUCCUUCGGAAAUGACGCUCAUGUGCUUAGCUCUAAGUAGAACAGGCCAACUUCUCACAUGGACGCAGUAAGCAAGUAUUCCAAUAGAAACAUGCGGAUUUGGACUCCGUCAUCUGUUAAAAGCUACAGUGCGUGAUCGAUCUCAUGAAAUGUUGGCCAAAAGUCUGGAAUGCGUUUCCGAUUAGGAAGGAUUACUUAGGUGGGGUUGUGGCACUGAUUAUCAUGCAGCAUAACCCUAUAAUAUUUCGUACUCGCCAGGAUGUCGGCUUUUGAAUGCACUUCGUUUUGACCCGCUGCAGAAAGCACACUCGGUAAAAAAUGACUACGUAAGUAGCAUGCCUUUUCCUAUUAAUUUUCGAUGGUCUUAUAAAUUCAAAUAUAUUUUCUAUAAAACAUGCACAAAAAUAUGCUUUAUUUUGCUCUUUUGGUGGCAAAUCACAUUGUCUUCAUAUUGCAUGCCCGAAGAAAAUGUGUAUUUAUGUUUUAAAAAAGUUUCUAAUUAUGAGAUUUUUAAGAACGUGCGAUGUCGAUGCAUCUUCGUUUAGUAAUGCCCCUCAUGAAAUGUACAACACAGUCCGGAUCCAUUGCAAAAUUUAAUGAACUCUAUGUGGUACCUUCUUAAAGGCGUAGAGGAAUAUAUGAUUUUCCUUACGCGGAAAGCAUGCACCUAGUAGACUGAAGUUGCAAAACGCUGAUGCAAUGGCAGAUCAGGCUGAAAAUUAUUCGAGAAUCGAGAAACUUUUUUAAAACCUAAAUAGGCACUUUCUUCGGGCAUGCAAUAUGAAGACAAUGUGAUUUGCCACCAAAAGAGCAAAAUAAAGCAUAUUUUUGUGCAUGUUUUAUAGAAAAUAUAUUUGAAUUUAUAAGACCAUCGAAAAUUAAUAGGAAAAGGCAUGCUACUUACGUAGUCAUUUUUUACCGAGUGUGCUUUCUGCAGCGGGUCAAAAAGAAGUGCAUUCAAAAGCCGACAUCCUGGCAAGUCCGAAAUAUUAUAGGGUUAUGCUGCAUGAUAAUCAGUAUAACAACCCCACUUAAGUAAUCUUUCCUAAUCAAAAACGCAUUCCAGAAUUUUGGCAAGAAUUUCAUGAGAUCGGUCACGCACUGUAAGUGAUACAGGUUUUUAUAAGAACCGCUAUUAAAAAAUGGUGUUCAAAUAGCUGAAAGGCAGGAGUCUCGGAAAUUAACCACCAGAUCGAGCAAGCCUGUCGUCGGACGCGACAGAGAGACCGGGAUGCAGCGCGUGCACUUAACGUGCGUCACGUGCCCUGCGAAGUUUCCUCCACCGGGUCUUCCACCACGUGCUGCGUCAUACGCCAUCAAUUGACGCCAUUUUUGUUCUUUCGACCACGUGACCUUCACGGGCGAACGCGGUUGGCUGAGCCAUCCCCAAGUGCCGGCAAGCCAUUGAAACGAGUGUCUUGAUUGAUCGCCAAGCUUCUACUUCACAGCGGCACACUGUCAGGACGAUUGCAAUUGUACGUGUUCAUCUUACCACGAUGAGGUGGGGAGCCUGCGGAAGACUUUGAACAUUGGGCGAAAAUGUCGCCGUCAGUCUCGGUGCUGCUUAAAAUGAUGCCUCCAAGGGCAGUAAGAAAUAGAGGAGACGCGGUCGCUGUAGUGAGAAGUCAUAUUCGUCUGACUAUUCGGAUCCAGACUCGAACCCAUCAUCAGAGACCGCCAGAGAUAGGGGUAAUAGACGCACAGAGGUUGCGGUAGUUCAGCGCUCGAAGACGUGUAAGAUAACACACAUGGUUGAAGAGAUUACCUGGUAUAGCAUUCCUGUUAUGCAAACCCUGAACAGAGCUGUUAAACAACACAUAAAACAUGCACGUACAGACACAGUAAGAGAACGGAUUUAACGUUUGUGAAAUUCAUGUUACGGUAGAAAAAAUGAGCAGAAUUAAGAAGGGGGAUAUAAAUAUACAAGGGCAGUUCGUGUUGCAUGUACAACUGAGCCGUUUGUAGUGGGAAGUGGUUCCGUAAUGUCAGGUACAAUACCGCUGAGGAAUGCAGCGUUGUCGGCAGCUACGUUGGAGGGUCGUGGAAGUUGCUAAAGUGAGAUGAUAGAUGUGGACAAACUCUGUGAGAACGACGAUCGGGAGGGGUAAGGAACAACGGCAUCUUCAUCGACAUACAGUGCGUGACCGAGCUCAUGAAAUGUUGGCCCAAAUUCUGAAAUACGUUUUCGAUUAGGAAGGGUUACUUAGGUGGGGUUGUAAUAUUGAUUAACAAGCGGCAUUCUCCUCAGACACGCCGUCCUCUGCUCUACAGUGCGUGACCGAACUCAUGAAAUGUUGGCCGAAAUUCUGAAAUGCGUUUUCUUUUAGGAACGAUUACUUAGGUGGGGUUGCAAUGUUGUUCAUCAAGCAACAAACUCCCAUGGUAUGUCGGGCUCGAUCUCCUGCAAAACCCACACUCGGUAAAAAUGACUACUUAAGAAGCAUGUAUUUUUCGCAUUGAUUUUCGACGGUCCUAUAAGUUCAAAUAUUUUUUGUGCAAAACACGCACAAAAUAUGCUUUCUUUUAAUUGUUUGGUAGAAAAUAACAUUGUCUUUACAUCCUAUACCCAAAGGAAGCGUUUAUUUAGGUUUUAAAAAAGUUUCUAGUUAUGAGAUUUUUAAGACCGUGCGAUGUCCAUACAUAGAGCGUCGCACAUCUCCGUUUACCAAUGCUCCUCGUGAAAUGUACAACAUAGUACACAUUCACUGCAAAAUUCUAUGAACUCAGCACGGUAUCUUCUUAAAGGCAUAGAGGAAUAGAUGACUUUUCUUGUGCGGAAAGCAUGCACCUUGUAGAAUGGAAUCGCUACUGAUCUGGCCCAAAAUUAGUAAGGAAUUGGGAAACUUUUUCAGAACCUAAAUAUACGCUUUUUUGGGUAUAAAAUGUAAAGACAAUGUAUUUUUCCACCAAACAAGUAAAAAAAGCGUAUUUUGUGCGUGUUUUCCAUGACAAAUCUUUCAAUUUAUAAGACCAUCGCAAAUCAAUGUGGAAAAUACAUGCUACAUAUGUAAUCAUGUUUUAGCCAGUGUGGCUUCUGUAGAAGGUCGAAAUAAAGUGCAUUUAAAAGCUGACAUCCUAGCGAAUCCGAAAUACUAGGAGAGUAUGUUGCUUGAUAAGCAUCAGUACAACCUCACCCAAGUAAUCCUUCCUAAUCGAAAGCGCAUUUCAGAAUUUCGGCCAACAUUUCAUGAGAUCGGUCACGCACUGUAUGAUCGCAUCGCUCCCGUCCUGUGUCCGUUCCAACAGUGGCCUCGAUUCGCUUAAACAAUUCAGUCAGAUUCGCGAUGCGUUGCAGUAGCGUUGUCCAUAGUGUACCCCAUUAUACCGCCAAGUACUCCCAAAUUUCCUCGUUAAUUUCUGAGGUCGCCCCGAUUCGCGCUGCAGCAGGCCCUAGUGGGAUCUGCGAACGCAAUGCAAGGGGCCACUUUUCAAACUGGUUUACCAUACAUCAAAAACUACUAUUAGUUAGAAGGUUAGACACCUGUUUCGCCUAUUUUGUACUAUGAUCGACUGAACUCGAGAAGGUUUAUGCCGAAAAACGUACUACCAGAGUCUUAAUUUAUUUCUGAGAAUAUGAAAAACUCCAAUUAUUUUCGAUCAGAUGUGGUUAUGUAGCCGCACCUGAGUUAAACAAACCCCAGCCGCCUAUAAUACGGGACCGACGAUAAUAGGGGUUUUUGCAGAUGGGGUCGGGGAACGCACAGGCGACGAGGUCAAGAAAUUUUAUGCAAAAGAAAAACUAUUGGGAAUGCGCGGUUGUACUUUGAGUGCUUGAUAAAUUGUUGUCCUAACCCCUUACUCCAACCCUAAUUCCUUAACCCAAACCCCUAACAGUAUUGUGUCCCGAUCGAAACCGACAGGGCGACAGACUCGUGACCCAGUGGUUAGAGGCGUGGACUUCGAACUAACAGGUCGCGAGUUCGGGACUCGAGUGUUCCACACUUCGGGGUUGGGUAUGACUGGCUGACGACGGCUAAUAAGCCAGAAAUGGCCAUUCCAACCUUCCUUGUCUUUGUCGGUAAUGCCAUUCUGUCAGUAUUUUUUCCCUCAGGUGCGGCUGCAUAACCGUAGUUUUCGCGCUGCGGAUAUCACAUUAGUUGUUCCACGACCUUCCCAAAAUCCGCGCAUUGAGUCUUCGGAAGAAGCCCUUGUUCCAGGUGUACAGUCAGGCGAUCAUAGAGGUUACAGGGGAAGAUUCUGUUGGAUCUGGAUUAUAAGUUCUCCCCCCCCCGUACAACAGGUGGCCUAAGGUUAGGUUCCAGGAGUACAUACUCUCGUGUACUACCCUUGACCAGAUCUGCGAGGGGUACUCCUCCUCCUCCUCCUCCUCCUCCUCCUCCUGCCCCCUCCUCCUUCUCCACAAUCAUCACUAUCACAGCCGCCCCCACCAUUAAACCUAUCCCCCGGAAUUUGGCGCAAGUUCAUCUGUAAUAGGGGGGGGGGGGGGGCUUAUAAGCGUGCCGUGCCUUGCCGGCGAUACUAAGAAGGCGUUUUCGCAGAUUCUCCCCUCACUUUUUAAUUUGUAGAGAAGAGUGCUGUUGACUUACUGGAAGUCAUGCAGGAUUGAUCAUUGUAUCCACAUCUACUGUGGCAGCAAGGCAAUUUUGUUGACAAAACCGAGUGCCAACGUAUGUGGAGACUUCUGCUGGGAGUGACUCAGUGCCCGCGUUUUUUUUCACCGCGCAACUGCUAUACACUGUCCUAAACGUGCCCCAUGCAGGAAUGAUGGAUGCUCAAUGUGAGCAUUGAUUCUGUUAGCGACUUCCUCGCGGACUGAGAAUGAAGGAGUUUGGAGGUACCCAAGCUGUACAGCCCAGCGUUACCUGAUAGGGGGCACCCUUUGCUACUCGACACUAGAGCCUCGCCAGUCAGGGAGGGGUAGAUGGAUUGGUGCGCUGGCUUUGCGUUUUCCCCCGGUUAGUCGUUUUAACUCGUAAAUGAAGGCGCGCUAACGCGUUGUUCCAGAACUUCGUGCACUUUUAAAUUAUUCAUAAUUUUAUCUUUCUCCUAUGUAUCAUUCACAGAACUAAUCAGUUAUGUAUCCCCCUUCGUUGUUCACAACCUCCCUACAAUAUCCAGGCGGUUUUUCAAUCCGCUGAUUUUUUCUUGAAGAAAUCUGCGGAUUUGUACGCAACGAAGUUAUCGAUCCGGUUUUGGAGAUCCGCGUCAAUGUUGUUCAAAUUUUUUUCGAAUGACCGAAAAAAGAUGGGAAUCCGGUGGAGCACGGUCUGGGGAGUAUGUCGGAUGCGGAAGAACCUCUCAGCCGAGCUCUUUUAUGACAUUUUGGAGAAUUGUGCGACGUAAGGCCUGGCGUUUCAAUUCUGCAAAAUGACACCGUUUUGAAGAAAGAGUGGGGAAACACCCGAAGUGUUUAGCCCACCGUUCCCUGACAGCAGAACUGUUUCAUCUGAGAUAACAGUGACACAAUUGAGACGCUUCUAGUGGGAUAGAUGGAUUAGUGAUGUGACUCUGCGUUUAUCCGGAGUUAGCCAUUCCAACUCGUAAUUGGAUGCGUAUGAGGGGGCAUUAUUGGCUUGUUCUGCAAGUUCAUGCGCUUUACAGUUUUUCAAAAUGUUAUCAUAUUCUUUUACAUUAUUCACAGAAUUAGUCAAUUAGGCAUUCCUCUUCGUUGUUCACAUCCCCCCCCUCCCCCCCCCCCAACAUUUAGGCAGUUUUCCAAUCCUGUAGUUUAAGAAAUUGACGUGUUUUGACGCAAAAAGUCAUCGAACCACUUCUGAAGAUCCACUUCGUUAUUGAGGGAUACUCCGGUCAAAUUGUGUUUGAGGGACAGAAGAGGGUGGUAACCCGAUGGAGCAAGGGCUGGGGAGUAUGGUGGAUGCGAAAGAACCUCUCAUACAAACUCUUCAAUGACGUUUUUGGAGAAUUCUACGACGUGAGGGCUGGCGUUUUCAUACUGCAAAAUGGCCGAUGCCAUUUUGGCGCUUUUGUUGAAUCACCUUACCUAGACCCCGAAGCCAUUGACUCUAAAACUCUGCAUUGAUGGCCUGGUUCCUUGUAAGCAAUUCAUUAUGGAUUACUCCCUCCACAUCCCACCAGACACGCAGCAUCCUCUUAUGAGGAUAAAGAUCCGGUUUGGCUCGAGGUGUUGCCUGAUCUUUGGGGCCAAACCGCUCUUUCCUUUGAUUCAUAUUCAGGUAUAAGCCCCAGAUGUCAUCACCAGUGAGAAUAAGCUUCAAAAAUGGUUUACGUUUUUGGCGGGCGAGGCGGUUUCGGGCGAAUAAUGAGACAUAAACAAACUCGAGUAAAAAAGAUGUCGGGAAUGUUCACGUUUGUCUGUCUGACACUGCACUUCCUUUUGGCUGUAGGUAAUAAAAAGUUGACUAAAAUGGAACAUUACAUAUAUGUUCUGCAAGUGUUUGGCUAGUGGAAUAAAACGACAUAUAACACAACUGCAUCAAACAAAUUACUACAUGCUAGAGUUUUGAGUAAGUGAAAGACGUACUCAGUGGUUUUUGAGGCGAUUAAAAAGUUGAAGCUUCAAAACUGGAGUAUCUACCAGAAAGAACAAGAGGAACGCUGGGGGACCAACUGACGAGACGAAUCCCUCUCAGUAGUGUUUUGCGACGAUAGAAUGUCAACGGAACACGCGUCUGGCUUUUAAACUAGUACCUGUAUUGCCAGUGUGGUAGGUCAAGUUUUUGAGAAGGAACUGGCAUGGUUUCAUAUUUAUAUAAUUGUUUUACCAAACAUUAUGACUCCAAGUAAUAUUUAAAACAAGGAUUCACUUUGGGGUAAGGUGAUACCAUACUUACAGCACAGGUACUAGCCAAAAGCCCAUACACGCGUGUUUCGCCGAUAUUCUGCCGUUGCAUGGCGCAGCUGAGAGGGGUUCGGCUCGUCAGUGGGUCCCCCAGCAUUCCCCGUGUGUUUUCUGGUAGAUACUCCAAUUUAAAAAUUGUCGCUUUUUAAUUUCCUCGGAAAUUUUCUACUCCACGCAACGGCAGAAUAUUGGCGAAACACGCGUGUAUGGGCCUUUGGCUAGUACCUGUGCUGUUAGUAUGGUAUCACCUUACCCUAAAGUAUACUACUAGUUUUCUGUCGACAGUUAAUGAAUAUUACGCGUUUACCCACUGUGGCUGAUGGACUUUGGUCCAAAUAUUCAUACAUAAAAUUCUCGGUCGGAGCCUAUAGACCUUGAAUAAACUGAUCUACUCCAACUUCGUAGAUCAUUUCUGAAGAGAUUAAAAGGCGACAAGGAUUUACUGGUGAUGAAGGGAGUACUUUGGAGAUUGCCUGUAGUACGUUAAGUUUACUGCAAAAUGUGUCGGUUCUGGAUCUAAACGGCUUUACGAUUUCGCAAGAUUUGCAAUGAUGGCUGCACUGCUACUGUCUAACUUUCCAGACACGCCUUUCGCCGAUAUUCUGUCUUCGUAUAGCACAGUUGUGAGGGCGUCGGCUCAUCGGUAGGUCCCCGAGCUUUUCCCAUGGGCUUUCUGUUAGGCACUCCAGUUUAAGCCCUUCAGCUUUUUUAAUCUUUUCGGAAAUGAGUGCGCCAUCCUGGAGUAUAUUGUUCGGAAUGUGGCUUUAUAGUGUCAGUCAUUGGUAUUUGAUCUGAGCUCCAUCGGCUACAGCGUGAUAACCACGUAAUAUUCAUAACCUGUCAAUAUAAAGUCGGCGCUGUAUUCGUAUGGCACGAUUUGCCAUACCAUUGAGCCGAACCCCUUGUAGCUCUGUCAUGUUCGGCGAGACACACAUUUUUCCAGUAAAUACCGGUGCUGUCAGUAUGGUAUACCAGGCAACAUGAGUACUAUACUGACCGCCUGUUGGUAGUUUCGAAAUAUCACGCGGUUAUCCCAUUGACGUUGAUAGUUUUUAGCUCAAAAAUUCGUGCCAUUUUUUGGCUCCAGCCGAUAGAGUAACAUUUUAAAGGAUUUACUAUAUGGAAGAACAUUAAUUCUUGGUUGGUGAGGAAGGCUGUUUAAAAAAAAACGUUCGACCAAAAUCAUAAUGCCUACUCGGAAAGAUGUCAUAAAUAGGUUACAAAUCAAAAUCUUCCACGCAAAAUAUAUGAAAACAAAGAACCUUUUCCAACAAUAACAAUGCCAAUAAUCUCGCGAAGGGUUGACUGAAUUUCUGUAUGCUAUUCUAAAUUAUUACUUAGUCAGGGCUACGACAUUUAUUAUCAUGUCGCAUAAUGCUAAAAUAUUCCAGUCACGCCAAGAUGCCUGCUGUCAGAUGAAAUUUUUAUCGGCUGCUUGCUUCAACUAUAUUUCCCAAAAAUCAACCACUUAAAUAGCAUGAAUUUGUCUGAAGAAUUUUCGAUGUCCUCAUAAAUUGAAAUAAAUUUUGUAUAAACAUGCAUAAAACUUUUUUACUCAUUUGGUAGUCACUCAUGUUGUCUUCAAAUUUUAUACUCAAAAGUAUCCUUCUGUUUUAAAAACGUUCUUACUUUCCGAACUAUUUCGAGCCUGACCUGCUGGUACCUUGCAUUCCGGGGUUUCCCAUAAACUAGCCGUUUAUUUUUCGCGCAAGGAAAAUCUUAUAUUUAUUUUAAUUAUUUGGUAGCAACUUACGUCUUUUUUGAAUUUAUACUUGAAGCAAAAGUAACUCCCGUUAAAAAACGUUCUCAAUUCCUGAUUAAUCUUGAACCUGACCUGCUGUUAUAAUGACAUUCGGGGUUUAAAAGAUGCAAGCUGUAUAACUUUGAAAAGGAUUUAAAUCACCACAGUCUUUGAUAGUCUUCGGUCACGUUCGUUAGAAAAACCGAUAAGAUGUCUUCUUAAGUAACUCUUUUACUGAAAUUUGGGACUAAAAAUAAUAUUUAAAAUUAGGAUUUACUCGCGAUAAAGCGGCUGUUUUGGAAAAUGUCUGAGGCGCAUUAAGCAUAUCGUAAAAUGUACCCGUUCUAAAUCCAAACUACUUUAUUAGUUUGUAUGAUUUUUAAUACUGGCGGCACUGCUACUGUCUAGCUUCCCAGACACGCGUUCUGCUGAUAUCCUGUCUUCGUAUGGCACAGUUGUGAGGGAGUCGGCUCAUCGGUAGGUCCCCGAGAGUCUCCCGUGUGCUUUCUGUUAGGUACUCCAGUUUAGACACUUCAGCUUUUUAAUCUCCUCAAAAAUUAGUGCGCCACCUUGGGGUAAAUCGUUCGGAAUGUAGCUUUACGGGCUCAGUCCGAGAGUGGACGACAGUUGUAGAAUUCCUCGUAAAUUGAGUCACGCGUAUAAGCCACAAUAGAUUUCGGUGUAUAUACGGUGCUAAUGAUAGAAUAAGGUAAAAAUAAAAAACGUACAAACUUCAACAAUGGAUACCCUAGACCAAUAAUUCCUUUGUUACUGUUCGAGCGAAUCGAAUUCCCAGCUCAAGGUCAGAAUACAAAAAAUUAGUUAAUUAAAAGAACGCCGAUCACGUUCGAAAGAGGGUUAUGAAAGGGGGAAAGGGGAAUGUCAACAGGGACCAAAUGUGGAAGCACUUGCGAGGAGGGCGUGGAGAAUUCCAAUCGUUGACCAGCUGGAUACAACAAUAGUAUUUGAACUGAGCCCCAUCAUCCAUAGCAUAAUAUGACUGUCAAUAGAACGCCAGGAUCAUAUUCGUGUAGCAUGAUUUGCCAUUCUAUUGAGCCGAAUCCCUCACAGCUGUGUCAUGCUACAGCGACCGAAUAUCGGCGAAACACGUGUUUUAUUUUUUAGCUAGUACCUGUUUUUUCCGAAUGGUAAAUCAUGCGGCAGGUGCAUGUGAAAAUCCUAUUUACGCCAACGGCCUUAGCGGUCGUUACACAACACCUCCUUGAGCUUGAAAUGCAUAAAAUUAAGACUAGACACUGAUAACUUGGCUCUCGAUCUCAACUUGGGCAGGUUCCUGAAGCCUUGUCUCAGUUGACACGUUUGGAUUCUGAUUUUUUCUGACUGGACGCACCCCCCCCCGCCCCACGUGAUUAGGUCAAUUUCCUCGGUUGCGGUAUGCAACGAAACUCCAGCGGCACCGAACGAAAUCCUUAAAUAUGCUUUUGGCUCCAGUAGAGAGCAGCAGGCAACAUUCUUCCAAACCAAUUCAUACGCUGUAGCAUGUCGGCUUCAGGUUGAGGGCUGUUUUCAAAGGGUCUGUAAGCGUGUGCUAUGCCAGUAUCAGCAGACCAUGGCCAUCGUAGCCUGCUAUGCCCUGGCAGUUCCCUGUCAGUGGAUGCGCUUGCGCUCCCGCUAGGUACACAGGCGGUGGUCAUGACUGCCCACUCAUCCUCGUCGCUCAGGCUCCUGUUGGGGUGUUGUUGUUGUUGUUGGUGAAAAAUCCUGAUCAGGUGUAUGUUGUGGACCAGGGGGAGUUGUGGCAUGCCUAGGUGCGGGUCCGGCCGUGCCAGCCACUUGUUCCCUCCCCUACCUCCGGUCUUCUUGACUCGGUCUUGACACCAGGUCCAGGUGGGGAGUGAGUGUGGUUGAUGCUGGGCAAGUCCACUAUCACUAUAAAGUAAUUCACGCGCAAGUCACCUUUCCUGCUCUCACAAUGCUGCGGAGUUCACGGUGGACAUCGUCGCACUCGACGGUAGAAUUGUCAUAUCAAACUAGGCAAAUGACUGCUCAAAUAGUGCGGCUUUUGUAUUGAUUUUUGACGUCUGUAAAUAUUCAGUCCAUCGUCCCUGUCGGCGCCCAUCUAGCAUUGCUAUUGGACGCUAAGACUCUAGAUUGAGCCCCAAGGUGCAUUGGGCGAGCAUGUCCCCUAACCUGGCCAGAAAACUACCGCCUUCCCACGAUUCUUAAGAAGUGCAUAUUCUUCUAUUGAUUUCUGACGCCUGUGAAAAAUCAACCACAGUUUACACAAAGGAUGCGCAAAGAAUUGAUUUCCUACAUCUUCGCUUGGUAGAUUUUUCAACGUUUGUACUUAAGAAGUGGGCUUCCUUCUGUAAGGAAUGAGAGGUUUAAAUUGAAAGAAUUAUUGAGGAAUUCACAUUUCCGUUCCGGUAGCCUAAUAUCCGUAUGUAUCCAAGGCCCUUUUCCCAGGAAUAUGAAGGGGUAUACAAGACGCUUUUAGGGAAAUUACACAGCAUGAAGCUUGAAAACCUGAGCAAAAUAAUAUUAAAUUAUUAUGCUACAUAUUAUAUACAUAUUUAAGGGGAACGGAAUAUGCUCAAUUGGAGCUUUGUUGGGGGGAGUGUUAUCGAAUGCAUAAAAACGUCGAUAAUUCAUGCAAAACUACAUGAGCAGUUUCCGUGAAUGCGAUUUUCAUGGAUGGUGAAAAGGGGUCUCUACCAAAAGUCAGCGUGGCUUCCUCUCCCCGUCAAUUAAUACUAAAGCCACCAUUCAGCAAUAUUUAUGCUGGAAGAGUCGUUAAGAACGUCAGUAAAUACACCACUAGGUUUGACACCUUUGGUAAGUCGGCACCAGUAGAAUAAAAAACUUGUUCGUUUAUUGAUCCCCGGACCAAGGUCGAUCAUUAUUCGUUAAAGUGGUCAAAAAUAAAGUUUCGCCCUCAAAGCAAGUGAUAUCUUGUCUUCAAAGAGGUCUCCUGCAAUACGACCGCGUUUCAUGUUUCCUGGACAAUCAAAUACCCUUCUCAUGCACAGAGACGGGAGACGGGUUAAAGGUGGUCACGUUAACAAUACAGUGCGUGACCGAUCUCAUGAAAUGUUGGCCGAAAUUCUGAAAUUCGUUUUCGAUUAGGAAGGACUACUUAGGUGGGGUUGUGGCACUGAUUAUCAUGCGGCAUACUCCUAUGGCAUUUCGGACUCACCAGGAUGUCAGCUUUUUGAUUCACUCCUUCUUUACCUCCGGCAGAAAGCCUACUCGGUGAAAAAAUGAGUACUUAAGUAGCAUGCAUUUUUCCUAUGGAUUUUCGAGGGUUUCAUAAAUUCAGAUAUAUUUUAUAGAAAUCGUGCACAAAAAUAAGCUUUCUUUUACUCAUUUGGUAAAAAAUAACAUUGUCUUUGCAUUAUAUGCCCGAAAAAAUGUAUAUCUAGGUUUUAAAAAAGUUUCUAAUUGUGAGAUUUUUAAGACCGUGCGAUGUCCUUGCAUACAGUACCGCACAUGUCCGUUUACCACUGCUGCUCAUGAAGUGUACAACACGGUUCGGACCCAUUGUGAAAUUUUAUGAACUCUAUGUGGUAUCUUCUUAAGGGCGUAGAGGGAUCUAUGAUUUCCCUUACGCGGAAAGCAUGCACCUUGUUUACUGAAAUCGCUGGACACUGAUGCAAUGGCAGAUCAAGUUCAAAAAUAUUCGGGGGUUGGGAAACUUUUUUAAAACCUAAAUAUACACUUUCUUCGCGCAUAAAAUGAAAAGACAGUUUCAGGAGCAGGUUCGCUCCCGUCGUCAGAAAUAAGUUCAGGGCCUGCCUGAAGUUUGUCGCACAUGUUGACCUCGCGCAACCUCCAAGACUGCCUGUGUGCAGGCUCCACACUGCGGGGUUUGGCUGUUGCCGCGAUGGCUAGUGGCCUCCUCUCCCCCCCCCCCCUCGACAGGGUUGUCGUCUCAGUGCCCGAAGGUGUUGAUAUCUCGUCUGCGCCCAUCUCGUGACCUUAGCAAUGGUUGCUACGUCAGCGCCGGCGCGUCGUGCACGUUUGGAUGACGAGCCCCGUCAUCGCGUUUAUGCACGACCUGAGCCCACGCCCGCCUGCGUUCAAACCCAAAUGGAGAAGGGGGGGGGGGUCUCACGGAUUCGUUUUCUCCUCGCGCUGCGUUCACCGCCCAUAUAUGCGUGCACGUCCGCUGACGUUCUCGCUCAGACUGGGAUCGGCCCGACUAUCCGCACCUCCACGGUUCUGCCACUCGUAGGGCACGGUGGCAGGUCUUAUCAGUCCGAGGCGGUUUGGGUUAGAUUAUUAGUUCAAACGUGGAUGGUAUUUCAUUUCUGAUUGUUUCUUUUGCUGAUCACGCAGGCUGAACCUACCUCGAGGCGCGGAAGUCACACUGGUUGUCGGAGGAGCACAGUGGAUCACUCUGAAACACCUCAUCCAGAUCGAUCAGCUCCGCCGUUUGACCAGGUGAGUUCCUCAGUAGGACCCUAUUUUUUAGGGUAGCGGUCGCCAGUUUGGCUACGCUGGUGUAAAGUAGGUAGUUAAGAUAAUGAAUUUUAUUUAGACUCGCCAACAUUUCUAAUCACCGCCUUCUUCUUAUUCACAGCAGGCGUCGAGACUGCAGAAACUGCCGGAUAUCUAA